AUGACCAUUGUAGAAUGGGCAGUCCCUCCCUCCGGCCAGGUCUCUCCCCCUCUGCGAGAAGGUCUUUGCCGUAGCUGGAGUUACACGGGGGACAUAUUUGUUGGGGGUCUCUUCAUGUUCUUCCUCAACGAUCUUGCAAAGACCACUGUCAGUGAGCCAAGACCACACUUUUGGGAUACCUGCAGGCCGAACAUAACGGCAGAGCAGUGUAGACAGCCAUUUGUUUUUCUCUCAUGGCGUGAUUGCACAAAUCCUCUGAAGCAGUCACAUCCUCGACUUAUAGAUUCCAUGAAGUCAUUUCCAUCAGGUCAUGCAUCCUUAUCUGUCUUCUCAUCCAUAUUUAUGAUGGUAUACAUCAAGCAAAGAAUAUGGGGUCGCUCAUCACGGCUGUUGGCACCAUGGAUACAGCUAUUGUGGGCAGUGUGGACCUUGUAUUGCUGUCAGUCCCGUAUAGCAGACAACCGACAUCACUGGUGGGAUGUUCUAGCUGGAGGCAUUUUAGGAGCAGUUGCUUCCUUUUUAACGUUGCAUUACUUUUCAAACUGGUUCAAGAGAGAGGAUGACCUGGGAGUCUCUGGUGACCCAGGUUACCAUCGGCAGGAGGAGAGAACCUCUCGUUAUUCCCGUACCUCAAUCAAACGUCUGAUUUCAAGUAAUUCAGACAUGGAUAACCACAACGACCUUCGUUUAGGUGACCGGGAACUAAGAGACAUUAAUGGCACACCAUAGCUUUAAUUGUAAAAUGUUUUAGUCACAAAUCUAACAUUUAAUUUCAUUAUGUGUAUAUAUAAUAUUACGUCUACUUUUAUGUUGUAAGAUAUGAUUAAAAGCCUAUAUUUUUGUAAUGUACGUAUAUUUUCCUCUGUUCUAUGUAAUAAAAUUAUCUACACCAUUUUAUUGACCAUUGGAUGAAGCCAGUAACUUUUAUUUAUUUUAAAUAAAAGUUUUAGUAUCUAGUACAAUGUGUAAGUACACCAUAUGAAAUAUUUAGAUUAUCAUGUUAAUUUUGUAAUAAAAUAAUAAAAUAUUG